CUCCGACACAAGUAUUCAUGACAAAUAGCAUUGCUUUAAUAACGCUUGCGAAUUGAGACUAACCGUAGCGGGUACUUGAUAGCUAUCUGUUUCACCUUAUGUCUACACAGAGCAGAGCGAGAUGUGCGCAAGACCGCAGAGCAGCGCGGCUAUUUGUAAUAAAGGUUGCAAUUUAGUACCGGUAUGGAUGAUAUAGCUUUUUGGGGCCCUGGUUAGCGGGGCCCGUCGGGGUGCCAAUCGCGUGCCACUACCGUUAGAGUCCCCGCGUUUACAGCUCGGCUUACCGCUGUAAACACUCCCGAAGCUCCCUAGUUGCUCAUGAUGGAUUAUCGAGCACCUGUACGGGUUCAACUUGUCUCAACAAGCAUCGCACUUCAGCUUAUUAUCGCAGCAGCUGCGUUUACCUGCCAAGAUGAGAAGCAGCCAGGAUUGGGCGAAGCCGUAGCAACCACAUCUCUCGAGCUGUACGUGGCGUCUGCAGACCCUGACGUCCAUACGGUUUACAUUGCAAGCUCUAUCCGCAUGGAAGCAGGCGACUGGCAAGACCCGCUGGAAAUAUCACGGAACAUAACAUGGGCUGCUGCUCCGUGCGUCGUAGCGGCUGGCCUCCUGGCGGAAGUUGACGCAGCUGGACUGACAGCUGUCGCCAUGCUGUCACCCGGCGUGACAAUGACUUGGCAGUCUUUAGCUUUCCGCAAUGCGCUGCCACCUACCGGCUUUCUGGUUAGAGUCCUUGGCCCAACACACGGUCCGGGCACGGUGGUUCUCGGGGUGAACUCCGUGAUUGCGCGACGAGCGGGCGUGUAUCCAGCUGUUGGUUUGCCCGCCAACUGGAUAGCUUAUCGGGCUGCUGGUUUCCCAGGGACCAACCUUGUCACCUUGGGAGUGGCCCCUACUUGCUACCGGUCCACAAGCAACCCCUACGUUCCGUCUUGCUGGAAUGCAUCUGCGUUCUUCGUCGAUGUGGCCAAGGAUGUGCCGCUGCUGACAGGUAUCCUACCAGACGAUCCUGGACAGCAGCUAGGCGGCUACUCACUUCUCGCCCUGAAUGUAUCGUACAUCGUAGAGCACGUGGUCAGCGCCGCCUGUUACACCACCGCACGCUCGAUCGAACAGUGCAUUUUGGAGCUAGAAGCGCAACUAGACGCGGAAGCAGCAGCAGCUACAGCACUACCACCGCCCAUAGGAACAGAACCGCCAUUAGGAGACCUUUCAGGCGAAAUAUCGGGAUCGAUACUCGCAGCGCCGUCGCCGCCACCACAACCACCGCCGCCGGUGCUGCUCCCUGCUGCAUCCGGACCGCCGGGGAGAGCGGCAGGCGGGCCCCCUCCUGGAUCGGGGACGGUGGCGCCGUCGCCCGCUGUAGCAGCAGCACCGGCAUCACCACCUCCACCACCUCCGGGCCUAUUGACACCUCCGGUUGCGGUAGCGCCGUCGGUUCCUGUGGACUGGCAUCCGGCGGCGGUUCUGACGCCUGCGGCGCCUGGCAGCAGCCCGACCGCAGCGGCAGGAGGCUCCGGGCGGACGCAGAAGCAGACGGUAGUCACCAGCGUCUUGUCGACGACUGGAGUGCUGGUGCUCCUUGUCUCGGCUGCUUUCGCUCUGUUGGUGCUGGUGCGCCGGCGGCGACAGCAGCAGCCCAAACAGCAGCCAAAGCAACACCAGCCGCAGCCGCAGCAGUAUAAGGAUGAACCGCUGCAGCAAGUAAGCGGGCAGCAGCAACAGCAGCAAGGGCCAGUUGAAUGUGUGGGGGUGCUGCUGGAGGGAUGCACCUCGUCUGCAGACCAAGGCUGCUGCUCUCAGCCUGUGGUGACAAUGUCAGCAGCAGUUGCUGUCCCGUUUUCACAAACGGAGGCCACGGUGGAGGGUGAUUGCGUUGUCGUGGGCGAUGCGACCGGGCCUCAAUCGGUCUUGGAAGGCCAAAUCGCAAUCGAGGUGGGGGAAAGCGGCAAUGCGGAUUGCGGCCCGCCGGCUUCCAGCACCAAGCAGCACCAGCUGUGCUGUAGCAAAUGCGGAGUGGCGGCGACAACCAAAAGCAAGGAGAGUGUGUGGGGCGGUUGCGGCGAAUCCGAUCCUUGCAAACCCUCCACUACCAGCGGUUGCAUGCAGGCGCCUAGCCGGUAUGGUGGCUGCGGGGCCGCUGCUGAGCCCAGCAGCAGCACGGGAGCUUCAGUUAGGCCCUGCCAGGAAACGGCACAGGUUAUUAACAACAUUGGCGCCAGCCACGUUGGCAUCGGCAGCAACGAGCCUGACAACGGACAGGACAACGGCAGCUGCAUGGCUGCAAGUGACCCGUGGGUCACCUCGCAACCGGAGUUUUACUCGGCGGGUCCGGGUACCCAGCCGUGGGAGCCACCGCCUCUGCUGCCGCAGGGGGCUGAUGACGGGGACAGGAAGCAAGACGCUUCGGCAGCCGAGGCCGCGGGGAGCACGUUAGAGUCGGUUAUGCAUCAGCUGCAGGAGGCUCGAAAGACGCUGGCGACGUCGGGCGUGGCGGACAACCAGCUGACCAUCGACCGGCUGAUUGGCUCUGGGCACUAUGGCACGGUGUACCUAGGCACUUGGAAGGGGCUACGGGUGGCUGUGAAGACGUUGGUGUUUAGCAGCACCCACGUCAACAAGCAGCGGGCGCUUCAGGAGGCGGCGCUGUGCCAGCAGAUAUCCCAUCCCUGCAUCGUGGCCACGUAUGCGGUGGACAUCCAACCGCUGGUGGGCUUGUCAACGGGGCUUCCAGGGUCCAACGGCAACGACAACUGUGCUGGAGUACCGACCACACCAAAACAAUGCCUGCUGCAUCAGGGCUGUGGGGGCGUUGCUGCCGCCGCGGCAGCUGCACCUGCGGCUGCCGCUGCAGCUGCUGCCGGAGGAGCUGCUGCAGCGGGGGCUGCAAGGGCUACUGCUGCUGCUGCCGCAACAGCUACGGGGGCUUCAGGGCUGCGCACGAGCCUACCCAUCCUGGAAUGGCGGUUGCUCAUCCUGCAGGAGUACUGCGACGUGGGCCCGCUGACGCUGCUGGUGGCAAAGCGCUGGCUCAUAUCCCGGGUGCAGGGACCCCUAAUGCCGUACAUCCUAGAUCUGGCGUACGGCAUCGCCUCCGCGCUCGCCCACCUGCACGCGCGAAACAUCGUGCAUGGAGACCUGACCCCCAACAACGUGCUACUCAUGCGGGAGCCUUCCAGACCAUGUGGGCUGCUGCCAAAGGUCGCGGAUUUCGGUUUGAGUAUUGCACUGCCUGGGAACACAAGCCACAUGAGCAACCACCGACUGGGCACUCCCUUUUACAUGGCGCCGGAGGUGCAGAGCAAGGGUGUGGUCAGCUGCCGCAGCGACACGUACUCACUUGGGGUCAUCCUAUGGGAGCUCUACUCGGGCCGUUUCGUGUGCGAGAGGCAGCUGGACGGCUCCUUUGCGCAAUCGCCUGCCUUCCCCGCCUUCCCGCCCCACGCCCCGUCGGACUAUGUGGCGCUGUGCAUUGACUGCUUGGAUGCGGACCCGCAGCGGCGGCCUGCGGUGGCACGUGUGCUGUCCUCCCUGUCCACCAUGUACCGAGCAGGGACGAGGGCGGCGACGAGGGCGGCGAUGGGGGCGGCCGGGUUGGCGGAUGUGCUGGGCAUGCCGACAGCGGCAGGUGGGGCGGCUGGGAUUGCGGCGGCGGAGGCGGAGGCGUUACCGCCAGCAGCAGCAAUGAUGGAUUUCGCUGCAAGGCCGGCGGCGGCGGCCGUCAUGAGUAGAAUGGUCAUGGCAACAGCAGCGCCUAUUUCUGUCAAGGCUGCUGCUGCUGCGGCGGCAAAAGCAGCAGCAGGAGAAGGUGACGAAGACGAGCUCUGACCGUGACAACGACUCUGUUAGUGGUGAGGGUUUUUGACGCAAGUCUUGCUGACGCAAACUGCGCAGUGUGGGCCGAACAAGAGGUGCGAUACUCCGUGGCAUGAUUGGACGCGGCCGAGUCGCAGAACUGGCACGGGCGCUCCGUGCAGAAACCCUAGCGGUGAGCAUUUUAAAACCAUGUGUUUGUGGCGGCAUGGUGCGGCAGUGUUAGUGUUACUGACAAUGAUGAGUGUCCUGCCAUUUCCUCCUCCCUUUUAUGAUAUCUAGUAUACAUGCCAGGAGAAAGCAUCGUGGAAAAUAGUGUUGUUAGCAAUGAGCCGGCGAGGCUCUGUGGUGGUUGUUUCCUCCGUCUGUGUGCAGUACAGACGAGGGCAUUCACUGCACUGCCAAGCACUGUAGUCACUUACACCACCAUGACUGUUGCGAUGUGAACUGUCGUACACAGUACAUAUACGUGAUUGUGUGUGGAUUCUCGUGACCUGUUUGGGAUGCUCUGGACAAUAGCCAGCAAGGGAAAAUGGCAAAAGGGUAUGCGGGCUUUAGCUUCUUAGGCCCCGUACGAAAGUUGUGUGGUUUGUAGAGCGUUAAGUGCGUUUGGAAUCCUUCAAAAGGUGCUCGAAUUGUCACAACGUCACGUGUAUUGCGAUUUGCUCAUCUUCUUCAACACUCAUGGCUUCGCUUUGGGUUACAAGUGACUGCAGAUUUUAGGCACUGCAGGCAUCAAAUGUUGUUGUGGUUCUGUGAAGUUUACAAUCCUAAUGCGCUAGUACCGGUAUGCGUCCGUAGUGACAUAACAAUCCACCACACAUCAUCCACGUGGCAAGGAGCAUAUGCUUUUGGUGUUUUGUAGCUGGAAGCUUUUGCUGCCUUGCUAUGGUUCGUUUUGGAGCUGCCUUUUGGUUGGUCGGAGAGCGUUGUAGGGGUUUCGGUUAUGCCAUGGCGGCUCUCCUCUCUGCCGCUGAUCAUCCGCAUAUCACAUGUCACGCUGUGGCAGCGACCGAUACCGUAAAAACUACAUGCGUCAAGGCACCUGCCCUGAGCCUUUGUGAAUUGUUGUAGACGAUGAGAACUGUCUUUAUAGGCGCUGAACUGACGUUGCGUGAGAGAACCAGCACCCCAGUUGCGCGCGCGCGUGGCGGGGGUCGAGUCACGAGGGUUCGUUCAUUUUCAAUGUACCCGGACAACCAACGGUUACAACCAACUGCUGUUAGUCAUCGUGCGGGCCUUACUGUCAUGGUACUGACAGCUGGCAGCAAUUUCGCUAUUGGUGGUGUUGAUGGUGCUAGAGUCAAGCUUCGGUCUAUAGCCUCCGGCUGUUGUAUGUAUGGCGCGUUCUGUAUGCGCGCUUUGUUUUCCGUUGUGUUUGCGUUGGUGUACGGCUUUCCCUUUGACCAUAUUUGACCCCAAAGUGCUGUGAGUUACUACAUGACUACCCUAGUGGGAUAUAGCUUCUCAUGCUAUGGCGUGUUUCUGAAUGAGGGCCUGUUGCCGGGGCGUACCGGUACACUGAACUACUGGUAUCGUCGUCAGCGGAAAGCACGGCAUGCAUGGGUUGCCGUACACACGCACCGUUGCUUCAUGUGGUUGUUAUGGAGUGCUAAGACGGCUGGUUGCGGUGAUGUGCGGUAGGUAGUGGUGUUUCUGCACGGUUUGGUGGGCGUGGGGUGGGGUAGCACCCAUGCACCGACCGCAUGUUUGCUGGUUGUUCUGGAUGGCAUAAAGACAAAGAGAGGACAGGGGGGGGGUAAGAAAUUUUCUUAUAAACCCCAACCCGAAAUUUCCAAAGAGAAGGCCUCGGAGCCACCCACCCACCGCCAAGCGUGUCGUACAACCUGUAAACUAUGCCAAAA